AGAAAUGUGCGAAAAAAAAAAAUAUUAUACACGAGAAAAUGUUAUUAUUUUUAUUAAUUUUGACUAAACCUUUUCGUCUUAUGUGCUUCUUUCUCUCAGGACAUUAUAUAAAUGUAUUUUUUUUAUAUUUAGAAUAGGCAUGUAUAUGAAAUAUUUUUAAAACCACAGUUAAAAAUCUUGGUGGCAAAUUUAGCUCAAGUGUUAAUAUCUUCCAGUGUUUUAGUGGAAAGCACAUCCGAGUAAAGAAAUGAAAUAUUUGCAUAAAAGAAUGAUACCCAAAAACCUAAAACCAUUAUUCAAAAGCACUUUAAUAACAAAAUUAACAUGAAUUUAUUUGACAUGAAUUUCUUUAAGGUCUUACGUGUGUACUAAACUAUCAACUUACACAUCGAUUACUUUUACAGUCAUAGUCUUCGCUAAAGCUCUUUCCAGCUUCAUUCAAGGCUGCGGUAUUUGAUCUUUACUCGAGGUCAUUCAAGCAUAGUUGAAAAAAAAUCUUAUGUACAUUUUAUUCACUACUAAUACACACGUCAAAUAUUCCAUCAGCUCAUAUUAUUCAUAAUGUGUUCCUAUUAAUCUGUUUAAAGAAGUUAAUUUAAUUGCUUUUUAAUAUCCCUGAUUUAGGCGUUUACGAUAAUAAGCAGAUGGUAUGAAAUUUUUUUUUCCGUGGUCAAUGGUUUACCCAUUAUUUUAACCCUGUAUCUUGAGUUUCAUUAAUAGUGUCUGCCCAAUAAAAUAACCAUUGUAAAAAAAUAAUGAAUUAUGGGUUAAAAUACAGAAAAUAACCGUUAAAAUGUCUUAACUAACAUACUUUUAGAUAGGCCUUAUAUACAUUCGUUUUGAUUUCUUUUUAGGUGUUGUUUUGAAAAUGAAAUUUAGCCGAAUUGACGUCAUAAAUUAAUGUCAAACAAUCUGUAAAAGUUUGUAGCAAUGAUUUAAAAUAUAUUUUUAAUCAUCACGAUAAUUCAUCUGAUUUAAGCGCCUGGAAAAUACAUGACCGAACCCGACUCUCGCGGGGAUUAACUCGACCACCUCGUGGAACAAUUACUGCGAACGCCACUGGUUCGUGACUGGGCGAUGGGACAAGCCUAGCACAGGAGUGUUCAAGAGUCGUAGAACGAGCUGUUGCGAGUUCGUGAAAGUUGUUCGCGAGUUCGUGAAAGUUGUUCGCGAGGGUCGCCACUCGAGAACAGUAGAAGGCAACUCGUGUAACUGGAAGCAGAGGCAGCAUGAAGAUGAGGCUUUUGGGGCUGGAUCUGCUGUUAAUUGCAGCUUUCACCUUGCUGGAAGGCGCGCGCGGCCUGCAGAUGGGCCGGCUCAGCGUGCCGCCCUACAGGCUGCGCGGAGAGGGCGCGCUCCUGCGCUGCGACUACGAGCUGGGGGACGACGCGCUCUACUCCGUCAAGUGGUACAAGGACGACGAGGAGUUCUUCCGCUUCGUGCCCAAGUCUGACCCGCCCAAGUACAGCCACAACAUCGAGGGCGUCAAGGUCGACCACACGCUGUCGGACGACAAGCGAGUGGCGCUGUGCUCGCUGACGCUGCAGGCCAGCGGCACGUACCGCUGCGAGGUGUCGGCCGAGGCGCCGUCCUUCGCGUCUGCGCAGAAGGAGGCCCGCAUGGAGGUCGUGUACCUGCCCAAGGACGGGCCGCACAUCAGCGGAGAGAAGCGCCAGUACCGCCGCGGGGACGAGGUCAGCCUGAACUGCACCUCGGGCAAGUCCUACCCCGCCUCCGUGCUGCACUGGUACAUCAACGACCACCAGUCUAUCGAGUGCUGGAUUCUACCUCACAUCCAAGUGAGCACGGUUGAACCUAUUAAGAUGCUGGAGACCGUAGAAAAUUGCAAGAACAUUGAUGUACCAGUCCGAUCCAUUUGA